AUGGAGGCUCGAAGAGAAAGAUCAUCUUACUAUAACGUUCUUGGUGUUAGCUCGGAUUGUGACCUGGAAGAGAUAAAACGUGCUUACAGAAAGCUUGCAAUGCAGUGGCAUCCUGAUAGGUGGACAAAGACGCCUUCGUUGUUGGGUGAAGCCAAACGCAAAUUCCAGCAAAUUCAAGAAGCUUAUUCGGUCUUGUCAGACCGCAAGAAAAGAACUAUGUAUGAUGCGGGUUUGUAUGAUCCUCAAGAGGAAGAGGAUGAGGGGUUUUCUGAUUUUUUGGAAGAAAUGUUGUCUCUCAUGGCUCAAGCAAGGAGAGAGAAAAAGCAUUACGAUUUGGCAGAGUUGCAGGGGAUGUUGAUGGAAAUGGCCAGAGGGUUCUAG